AUGGUUAUGAAUGUGCAAAAAAUUCGAUUGAGCCAGUUGGCUCAUGUACGGCAUGUAGCCACCCCCAUCAUCGCCAUUAGCGUCUUCCUCCUCGUCGUCUCCCUCUGCGGCCUCGUCGGCACCUACUACCGCAACUACCUCCUCCUCUGGAUCUACCUCCUCGUCAUGUUCCUCCUCAUCCUCCUACUCUUCUGCUUCACCGUCUUCGCCUUCGUCGUCACCAGCAAGGGAGCCAGCGAGGUUGUCUCCGGGAGGGGCUACAAGGAGUAUAGGCUCAGGGACUACUCCAACUGGCUGCAGAAGUGGGUUGAGAGCUCCAAGAAUUGGUGGAAGAUUAGGAGCUAUUUAGUUGAUAGCAAGGUUUGCCAAAAGUUUGAGGUGAAUGACAACAGGACUCUGGAUUAG